GACCGCGACCGCUACCAAGUCGACUUUAUUUCAAUCGUUGGUGUUGUAUGGGAGUUGAAGGAAUACUAACGAGAUAAUUUCUUUCUGAUUUAGAAUUUUAACAGUAUAGAGUUUAAAUUUUACGGAAAAAUUGUCUCCGAUAAGGUAGACAUUCUAGCGACCGAAAUUUAUUUCCGAGUGCAGUUGUCAGAUCUAUUUGAUUAGUAUUUUUACUUUGGCGAAUUUAAAUUUCUAGGAACAAUUCCUCUUCAAAAAGUGUUGAUUAAUGAGUUUAGUUUAGUAAAGCCCUAAAUUCAGUACGAGGUGUUCAAAAAAACUGUUCGUACUUUCAACUCACCGUCAUGAAUAAAUUCUUGAAACCUGCAACAAGUUUGAUGUGUGAAAACCUGAGAUGUAAUAAGCCUAUCCUUGACGCCUAGACAUACCAGUGAAAUCAAUUUUAUAGCUCUAAGAAGUUUUCUAAAUUCGGAUCUAUGAACAUGGCGGGAGAUACUAGUUCAUCGUUCAUUCCCCACUACACCUACAACCCGGUGAUGGAAACCACGGAGCUCAUGAUCAACGCCACGCACGUGGUGCGGGCGGCCGUCCUGGACCCGAUGAUGGCCAGGGAAUGCACCAAGGAGGUGCGAAAUUUCCAGCCCAGCAACGCGCAAUUCAUUGAAAUUCUGGGACCUGCUGGCUAUGUGAUGAUGGCGAUGGCAGGGAUCGGACUCCUCAUUCUCAUAGCUGUAUUUAUCGACACAGUCCUACGCAUGCAGAAAGUCGUCCGUCGCGAACACAAGUCCUGCGUCACGUUCGUUCUCUCCGUCUACCCGGUACUUGGCUUAUGCACCUUCCUCGGUAUUCUAUUCCCAAAAGCGGACAGCGUGAUGGAUGUUUCAUCUCAACUGUGGUUCGCGCUCUGCAUGUUGCAGUUCUUCAAACUCACUCUUGUUUAUUUCGGCGGAGAAACUAAAUUUGUGCAGUCGCUUGAAGGAAAAGUUCUUCCGUGGAGGGGCCCUCCGUGCUGCUGCUGGCCCUGCUGCUGGCCUUUCUGUCCUAAGCGACCUGUUAACAAACGGCAAAUUCGGUUCAUAAAGCUCCUGCUGUACCAGCACCCGAUUGUGCAGAGCAUGAUGACCAUCAUCGGCAUCUCGCUUUGGAAGGAAGGAUUGUACUCAUUCGGAGACUUCAGCCCGUACAAAGGCCACGUGUACGUCUUCACGAUCACCACGACGUCGUUCCUGCUCGCCCUGUGGGCCUUCAUCGUCAUGUUCAAAGCCUCGAUCCCUGAGCUGCGGCGCUACCACUACGGCCGCAAGAUCCUGGUCUUCCAGCUGUGCCUCGUCUUCCUGAGAUUCCAGGCCCUCAUCUUCGGCGUGAUCCUCCUCCCCGCCGGCGCCAUCCCCUGCGUACCGCCCAUAUCGCCUAAAGUCUACGCCAAUACAAUUCUGUGCUGUCUGCUGAUGGGCCAGCUGGUGAUCCUGUCAGUGUUGGCACGCUUCAUCUACCUGCAGCCUAUGCCUGACAUCGACUCUGAUCAAAAGGUACCACAAUCGCUGGAAGACCAAAAGUUGCGGCUUGCGGAGACUGAAAACGGGAACAUCGCAAGCAACGACACCGAAGAGUUCCUCGCUGUACAACAGUUAUCACAGGAGACUGCCUGAGAAUAGUGAUAGUAAUUCUUUUGUACAUUAUAACUACGUGACGCAAAAUGCUACGAAUUUUUCUUUCGAACGCUUUAAGGUUUUGUUAUUUCGGACUAAUUUUUCUGUAUGCUUUCAUUAAAUGUUUAGCCUUUUAUUAAACUAGCUAUAAUGGCGACGUCCUUCACACAACAAUUUCGCAUAAAUUUAUUUAAUACGUACAUCAUAGCAAACUUAAAAUACUAGGUGUGUGCUCACCAACUCAUUUAAUAUUUGCAAAUACAUCAAUUCAGCGCUUCACCUAAUAUACUGUUGUCUGAUUUAUUGUAAUUGAGCACCUAUUAUAGCUUUAUACUCGUUUCCCAGUAAUGAUGUUAAUUGCAAAGAAACAUGCGCACAUCAUACACAUUCCAAAGGAGGUUAAGAAGUUAACAUAGGUGCGAUUGUUGGGAAAAAUACACUGACGAUGAGCGACUGCUUUCCGAAACAACCUAAAGGCGCAUUACGUGUCAAAAGUAGUCUUGCAUUAUUUAUGGACAAAUGUCUGUGAUUUGUAGUUCUAAUUUAUUGAAAAACCUAUUUUUAUUCCAUUUUAGCUUUAUAUAUGCACGUAAGAUUUUUUACAUAACCUCAAGUGUUUACGGUAAGUUAAUAAAAUAAGUGUGAUGCCCAUUAUAUUUAUCGAGUAGUUCCGAAAUGUUCUAGAAAAAAUAAAAUUCACAAUCACAGUAUAUUACCUUACUUAGAUUUAUAUUGUUCCUUGUUGAGUUUUAAUGUAUCAAAUUCCGUUAAAUAGUGUCAUGAAAGACAAAAAUUUAAUGGUAUUGUGGAAAUUUAAAUUCUUGUAAAUACCACAACUUUAGUUUCAAGCGUUUUCAUCCAUUUUACGAACGAACUAACGGCUUUUGCCACAUAUUUCUAUUUUCUGACGGAUUUUUUUUUUAAAUAUUCAAACGAAAAUCGGGCUAUGUUCAUAUGUAAAUAUUGAAAGCGUUUUCAGCGCCAUGUUGUGAAUAAACAGUACAUGUUA